AUGAUUUCAACAAUCGGCACAACAACAAUUCAAGCCGCGAACGGCGGGACUCUGUCCACAACAACUUCACCAAACUCGUUAGUCAUGAAUCCAACAUCUAUGUUAGUAGAGAUGGAAAGCUUCAUUCCUUCUUCAUUUACUUUCGAAACAAAAAUCCAGAAGAUAAAGCAGGAACUUUUAACAAGUAAUUUAGACUGUAGUGCGAAAGAUGAAACAAAUGAACAGUAUCUUUAUGAAAUGGAGGACCUCAUCGACCAUUUACCUAAACUACCUGAAAUUCAGCAUCAAAAACUAACUAUUCCUGAAUUCGACGAAAUUGAAGUCAAAGCAACUGACUCAGUAGAAAUAAAGAAGUUCAUACGUAAAGUAAAUUAUGAAUUCCUUGGUUUUCAUUGCAACCAUAAAGUUAUGGACAAAGAUUGCGAUAUGGUAUAUAAGAAUGUUUCUGACAUAUAUAAAUCUGAAGAAUUUAAGACCUACGACAACUUUGUUUCGUUAGUUGCUGAAUGUGUUUGGGAAAUAA